AUGCCUCCAGUCAUGCCUCCAAUCUUCCUGCCUCCAACCAUGCCUUACAUCAUGGAGCGGACUCAAGCCACGAACCUCCCGGAGUUCGAGGACAUCACCCUACCAGAAAUUGCAAGUCUCAGCGACCUCGAGGAUUCCUACCACUGGAGAGAAAAUGUCCAGACCACCCUUGACCAGUUCGGUCUUUUGCCAGUCAUUUCCGACCUCAAGCAACCAGAAAUUUUUCAUCCCGACUUUAAGAAUUGGCGACAGUGGUCCACUAUCGUGUCGGAAUGGCUACUGUGCAGUAUCGAGCCCGAGCUCUACCUUUCCUUACAGAGAUAUGUGCCAAACUUUACCUUUGCCGAUGCGACGUUUCAAGGAAUCAUUUCAAUGAGCUCCAAUUAUGACCUCCACCGAACUGGUCAUCUGCUCGAACUCUGGGGAAUGCACCGUGGCGACUAUCACACCCUGGUAGCCUACGUCCGUGCUUGGCGUGAGCAAGUCAUCAUUUGCCGUACCUUCAAGACCGGCUUGAGUUAUUACUCGGCUGCCAAGGUGAUGAUUGCCCAGCUCCAAGAGGAGGCCCCCAGCGAUUGUAUCCUUGCGCAUCGCCUGGUUGCCUAUUGUGAUGAGGAUAACGAGGCUAUGAAUCGGAAUCAAUUCAAUACCGUUGUCGAGGCCUUCAUCAAUGGUGGCAUGCCUUUCUAG